AUGGCAUCACUUUUAAAUAAACUAAAAGAUGUAACAACAGGUGGUUCUCGAGCGAAAGAAAACGCUGAUUUAGCCGAAAGACAACCGGAUGCUGGCAAAGGACAGUCAGAGAAAAAAAGUGAUAAAAAUUCAGAAACAAAAGCACAAACAAGCAAUCCAAAUGCGAAAACAAUUUAUUUUAUAACAUCAAACAAAGAAAAGUUAGCCGAAAUCACUGAUUUAUUAGAGGAUAAUGAAGAUAUUAAUCUUGUUGCCAAAGAUAUUGAUCUUGAUGAAUAUCAAGGUGAUCCAGAAGAAAUUGCCAAAAAGAAAUGCAAAGCAGCACAAAAAAUGGUUGAUGGUGCUAUACUUAUUGAAGAUGUUAGUUUAUGCUUUAAAGCAUUAAAUCAUUUACCUGGUCCUUACGUCAAAUGGUUUGUAGAAGAUUUGAAACUAGAAGGUUUCUCAAAAAUCUUAACAGCAUAUGACGACAAACGUGCUAUUGCUCAAGUCAUAUAUGCCUAUGGUGAAAAAGACAAAGAUGGCAAUCCAACAGAGCCUAAAUUGUUUACUGGUGAAAGUAAAGGAAUAAUAGUUUCACCACGUCCAGUUAAAUAUGAACAAAGUGAAGGCUGGCAUCCGGUAUUUAUACCUGAUGGACAACCGAAGGGCGAAGAAAGAACAUAUAGCGAAAUGUCAAAACAAGAAAGAAAUCAAAUUUCUUAUCGUAGAAUUGCGGUCGAUAAAAUUAUUAAACAUUUUUCAAAAGAUUUAAAUAAAAAGUAG